AUGCCGGACCUAGAAUCGGCGCGUCUGCUCGAUUUCAUCGGCAAGAUGCCCGUCGACCAAGACGCCGUCGAUUUCUUUUCCGCAAUCCCCCACGUCAAGCCCUACCUCGAGAGCAGCCGAGACCUGCUGCCCGUGCCCUUUUACAGCCGCUCGCCCAAGGUCGACGGCGCCGACACCUUUUUCGGGGAGACAAUCAAGUCGCCGGGCACCAUCCCACACGCGCUGCUGCUCUUGCGCGGCGACAUUGCACGUCUCGAGUACAAGUUUGACGACCCUGCCACCGCCGCCGCCGCCGCCGCCGCCACCACCACCUGGCAGCCCGACACGGUGGCGCUCUUCCAGCUCGGCACCAAGCUCAACGGGUACCGCGACACCACGCACGGUGGGCUGCUGGCGUCGCUGCUCGACGAGGUCGUGGGCUACACCGUGGACGGGCUGAGCAGCUGCGCCGAGGCCGAGCAGGGCGGCGCGUCGCGGAGCCGGCUGUACACGGCGUACCUGAACACCAUGUACAGGAAACCCGUGUCGCCGGGCGUCUACGCGGUGGAGUCGCGCCUGGUCAAGCGGGACGGCAGAAAAUGGUUUCUACAGGGUCGCAUCGUGGGUGCCGAGGGCGUUGUGCAUACAGAGGCAGAAGUAUUAUAUAUUCAAUCUCGAGAUGGCGUACUAUAG